ACACACUCUUAAUCUAAUAACAUCUUUGAUCAUAGCCUUUGCGCUGUGACCGUAGUUGUAGUUCACAUCGUGCUCGGUAGGUAGCAGUAGAUAGACUCAACAGCAGUGUCAAUGUGGCAAAAAAGUCGCGAAGAAGUAUCCGGCCUCGUUACAGAAACAUGUCGCCAUCACAAACAAGGGGAUAGUUUUCUGUCAACAAACAUAAUUGUUGCUUUGUGGCAAAAUGCCCCGCUAUGCCCAGAUUGUGAUGGGCCCAGCUGGCAGCGGAAAGAGCACCUACUGCGCUACAAUGAUCGAACAUUUUGAGGCUUUGAACCGCUCGGUUCAAGUGGUCAAUCUGGACCCUGCAGCUGAGCAUUUUGACUACCCUGUCAUGGCAGACAUCCGUGAACUCAUCCAGGUGGACGACGUGAUGGAGGAUGACUCUCUCAGGUUUGGCCCCAAUGGCGGUCUUGUCUUCUGCAUGGAGUACUUUGCCAACAACUUUGACUGGCUGGAAGAAUGCUUGGGUCACGUGGAGGAUGACUACAUCCUGUUUGACUGUCCAGGUCAGAUUGAGCUGUACACUCACCUUCCCGUCAUGAGGCAGCUGGUGGAUCAGCUCCAGCAGUGGGAGUUUCGGGUGUGCGGUGUCUUCCUGGUCGACUCCCAGUUCAUGGUGGAGUCUUUUAAGUUUGUCUCAGGAGUCAUGGCGGCCCUGAGUGCUAUGGUGUCGUUGGAGAUUCCCCAAAUAAACAUUAUGACCAAAAUGGAUCUACUCAGUGCCAAAGCCAAGAAAGAAAUUGAAAAGUACCUUGAUCCAGAUAUGUACUCCAUGAUGGAGGACAACUCCGGCACCCUACGAAGCAAAAAGUUCCAGAAGCUGACCAAAGCUAUCUGUGAGCUGAUUGAUGACUACAGCAUGGUGAGAUUUAUGCCAUUUGACCGCACAGACGAGGAAGGCAUCAACAUAGUUCAGCAGCACAUCGACUUCUCUAUACAAUAUGGGGAGGACCUGGAGGUCAAGGAGUCAAAGGAGCCCGAAGAAGAGGCAGAUAACACAAAUUAUGAUGACUUCUUCCAAGGAAAUGUGGACAGUUGAGAAAUGUAGUUGUAAAUAUCGAUGGCGGAUGAAGUGGAGUUUUGUCAAUAAAUGUUUUUAUCAUGAAUGCGAUGUUCCACUGUUUGAAAUAAGAAGUGACACUCGGUGAUGUGCUCUACUGUUCUGAUACCCCACUAUGAACGCUCCAAGGCAUGGCGUGCUUAUGGAACAGUGCAUAAAACAUUUAUCUCUUUGUAUGAUAGUCCUUGAAUGCACCAUGGUUGCUGUGACACAAAAUGAACUGUAGCCAGUUUGUGUUUAUGCUAUUUCACUUUGUGGUAUCAUAUAUGAUGUUGAGAAAUAUCUUGUAAAAACUAUUAUUUAACUAAUAAAUUACU